AUUUCCUGCUGGACAGUGAAACGCUUAGUACACGGAUAAUACAUCGACGGUUAGUUCCAGAUAUAUGUAGCCUGUGACUAAAUAAUGGCUGAUGAAAGAAGGGGCGAUGAUGAUCAUGAUGAUGAUGAUAAUGGCUGGUGAAGGUAGUGGCGAUGAUGAUGAUGCGUGUUGAUGGCGGCUACAAGCACCCUGAUCAGAAAACAGUGUUUAAAUGUUUUGAAUGCGAAAGACAAUUUACUAAGCUGUGGCAGUUCAAACGGCACAUGCUCCUACAUGCUGGUGACAAACCAUACAAGUGUGACCAGUGUGGCAAGUGCUAUUCUCGGCCUUACAACCUGACACGUCAUAUAAAGGAACACGAAGUAAAGUGGCAUGAAUGUCCCGUGUGUGGCAAGUCUUUCCUCUACCCUUGUGCUCUUAAACGCCAUGCAGCUAGCCACUUGACUGAGAAGCCAUAUAAAUGUGAUCUUUGUGAGAAGAGGUUUACUCAGCCUGGGCAUUUGAAUGUACACCAGCGCAGCCAUUACGGGGAGGAAGCAUUCAAAUGUGAUCAAUGUUGUAAGACUUUCUAUAAACCUUAUGGUCAUCUUGGGGGUAUGUGUGAUGGAUGCACAAAGACUCAAGAGAAUUAUGACAUCUCUAGAAGCUAUUUGCCUCAACUUGCAUCAUCGCCACUGGACACAAGCUCAGCCAAGAAGCCAUAUGAAUGUGAACAAUGUGGCCAUUGUUUCAAACAAAUGUUCAGCCUGUUGCAACAUGCCAAGACAUACCACUCAGAGAACAAACCAUAUAAAUGCACAGAAUGUGACAAAUCCUUUGCUUUUCAAUCUCUUCUUACAAAGCACAGUUUUUCACACACUGGUGAGAGGCCUUAUAAAUGUGAUCACUGUGACAAGAGAUAUACCCAGCGUGGUCAUCUGAAUCAGCAUUUGUUGAUACACCGCCAGCCUCAGGAUGACUCAUCUCUAAAACAGACAGUCGAUGGAAACGACCAUAACCAGCAAGUGCCUGAAGACCUUACAACUGAACAGACAACAGCUGGUACCAAGAGUAAAGGGCAUCACCAAUCUGCUCCUGAUGAUGGUGGCCAGCCUGGUGACAAAUCAGGCUUGCAGUGUGACGAAUGCGACAAACGGUUUACCAAGCCGUGGCAACUUAAACGACACUCUCUUUUCCAUUCCGGUGAUAGGCCGUUUAAAUGUGAUAUCUGUGGCAUGUCGUACUCGACACCUGGAAAACGUAAAAGGCACAUGAAGGAUCAUGAUGUUAACCGACAUGAAUGUGCUGAGUGUGGUAAGUUAUUCUCUUACCCCUCUGAUCUCAAACGCCACGCAGCCUGCCACUUGACUGAGAAGCCAUAUAAAUGCGAUCUUUGCGAGAAGAGGUUUACUCAGCUUGGGCAUCUGAAUGUACACCGCCGCAUCCAUUCCGGUGAGGAUGCAUUUAAAUGUGACCGCUGUGGUAAGACUUUCUAUAAACCUUGUGGGCACAUUGGCGGUAUGUGCGAUAAAUGUAGUGAGACCCUUGACCCGAGGAUUGAUCAAAAGGAGACAUGCACUGAUAGUGCGUCAACCAGGCUUGCAUCGCAGGACAUGAUCAUGGGUUCUGGUGACAAACCCUAUCAAUGCAAGUUUUGCAGCCGUUCUUUUAGACGAGUUCGCAGCCUUGUGCAACAUGCGAAAACAUACCAUUCUGAACACAAGCCAUAUAAAUGCACGGAAUGCGACCAGACGUUUGCUUAUCAUUCCCUUUUUAAAAAGUACAGCUUGUCGCACAGUGGGGAGAAGCCUAAUAAAUGUGUUCACUGCGACAAGACGUUUGCCCAGCGAGGUCACUUAAAUGAGCACCUCCGAAUUCAUUCCGGAGAAAAGCCAUUUUCUUGUGAUCAAUGUGGUAAAGCGUUUAAAAAGGCUUGCAAUUUAAAGCGACAUAUGGAAGAUUCUUGUGGCAAUAAGCCUUAGAGAUGUAACGAUUGUGGCAAAGCCUUCGCCUUGUUUAUGGACUUCAAGAAGCAUUCGGAAGGGCAAUGUGACGAGAAGUCAUAUGAAUGCAGUGAGUGCAGGGAACGUUUUCACUACGCGUCUGAUCAGAGAAGGCACUUCAAAGUACAUGAAAAUCAACGUGCUAAGCUUCGAAUCAGAGGUCGACUCCGGCGUGGCAGGACCCGUAUAAAUCAGCCGGCCAGCAAGCGGGCGCCAAAGGCCGUAAUCUGCGAGAGUAAUGUGCCAUGUAUAGGCGAAAGUGGUGGAGAACUGAUAACAUCUGCAACUACUUUGAACUUGUAUAUUCAGGGUGAAAAGAUAUCAUCGAUGCAUUAUUAAAAUGAAAGCAACCUGAGCUUACGUACAGGUGAUGACAGUUCUGCUUAUGCGACCGAACUCUUGCGAAUCAAAGAUAGUGAAAGUUAUAUCGGUUUAGACCUAGGCUCAGGUAAUAUUGAUGACAUCUCUGAUAGAAGGAAAAGAAGAUCUUGAUACUGAGCAAUUCUUCAAUCCUUUCAGCCCCCUCGAGUGAUGCGCAAAGCUACUGUAAAUAAAUAAUACAGAUCGUGACCCAUCUGGGUAAGGGUUUAGCACACGUUUGACUUUUGAAGUUUUUUCAGGCCUGGCGGAGCUGUACUGCCCCCUCCCAAAUAGCGAUAGGUUUGGUUGUGUAGGUAGCGAUAGGUUUGGUUGUGUAGGUAGCGAUAGGUUUGGUUGUGACUCAACGGAUGAUUUGCUGGCUAGCACAAAAGCGAACAGCAAUAUUAUGAAAUUGUUAAGAGUUGUUAUUGUAAUGAGUAAAGAGAGUGAUAUA